AUGACAAACUCCAAUUCUUCUCCACUAGCAACCGAUGAUGUGAAGUUCACGGACAAACAACCCGAGAAUGGUAGUCUACAUCCGACGAACAGCGUUGUUGAAGGCCAUACACAUCAACUGCAUGAUGACCGAAACGGUCAAUUCCAUCGGUCCUUUACUCCACGUCAAGUCCAUAUCAUCUCUUUGGGAUCGAAUAUCGGAAGCGGCGUGUUCAUUGCGACGGGGAAAGCUUUGGCCACCGGUGGCCCGGGAAACAUGGUGAUAGCUUACUUUAUGGUGUGCAGCUGUGUCUGGGCCGUGCUUCAAUCACUCUCCGAGAUGACAAUUGCUUUCCCUGUGUCUGGAAACUACAUUGACUAUGCCGAUCGCUGGGUAGAUCCAGCACUGGCCUUUGGUGCUGGCUUCGCCGAAUGGCUUGGCUGGACUGCAAUCGUCGCCGCUGAAUCGGGAUUCUUCCACGUCCUGAUCCAGCUCUGGGCAAGAGACUCUUUCCCUUUGGCCGCAACCGUAUCACUAUUCCUCGCCGCUUGUUUUGUCAUCUUUAUGCUGCCGAACAAAAUUUUCGCCUGGUUUGAAUACUUGACAUCCUUGAUCAAAAUCUUUCUCUUCCUCAUCAUCAUUGUACUCUCGUUGGCUUUAGUAUUAGGAGCUGGGCCAACCGGCUAUGUCCAUCAUGGAGAAACAUGGACAGAGCUCCCUCCCUUUUUAAACGGGUUCACUGGCUUUGCAAACUGUGCCAUGCUUGCGACAUGGGCAGUGGGUGACCAAGUCUUUAUCGGUAUCAUGGGCGGUGAGGCAGAAAGUCCACGUUUCUCGAUGGCCCACGCGACAAAGCUCGUUCCUUUCCGAGUCAACUUCAUCUACAUGCUUAGCGUCGUCUUCAUCACUAUUUUGGUGCCCUCUAAUGACAGUAGACUUCUUGGCGGAAGUAGCGUUGCGGCUUCUCCCUUUGUCAUUGCCGUCGAUGAUGCCGGCAUCAAAGGAAUUUCCUCACUCCUUAACGCUGGCAUGAUGUGUGGCGUUCUUGCGAUUGCGGCCGAAGCGGUUUACCUGUCUUCGAGAAUUUUGAGAACAAUGGCCCAUCAAAGACUCAUCCCGGAGAGGCUCGCCAGGGUUGACAGCAAGGGACGACCAAGACUAGCACUUAUCAUUACGUGCGUCGUCGCCACCGUGCUCUCUUAUAUCCAAUUAGCAUCUGGUGGUUUGAAGGUCUUGAACUGGUUGAUCUCUAUCACCAGCGCCUCGUUUUUCACAAACUGGAUCAUCAUUUCAUUUACGAACUGGCGGUUCCAUUGCGCUUUGAAAGCACAAAAUGACCCGCUAUUCUCUCAAACCUACGCCUGGAAGUCAACGGCCUGGCCGCUCGCACCAUCGUGGCUGAUGCUCAUCUCACUCCUGCUUCUUGCUUCCUGUAUUGUGUGCGGAGUUGACCCAAUUGGAAGCUCUGACUUCAGUGUAGAGAACUUCUUCCAGUUUAUGAUUGGAUUUCUUGUCAUCUUUGCAUUCACGAUUGGGUACAAAGUCAUCUACCGAACUCCAUGGAGGGAUCCAAAGACCGCAGACUGUGUUACUGGCCGUCGGAACUUGAGUGUUGAGGAAAUUAAUCAACUAGACGACUACUACAAAUUGUCUACGUGGAGAAGAUUUCUCACGUAUGUACAGCUUUGGUAA